GAGACCGGGCGCUGCAGGCUGCGCCACUCCAUCGCACGCAGAACGACAGCAAGAAAACCGAGCCACAGCUGCUGAGGCGAAACUCGCCGCUCAAAGUCUCUAAAGUCGGAGGACUGUCCGUGGCAGCUCUUUUCACGCCAUGUUUUCCCCUCGUGCCGCUGCUCGCCUCAUCGCUGUGUGUCCGUGUCCUCCGUGCAUUAAUCCGAGUGAUUAGACCCGGUUCUGUAUCGGCUCCGUGCCUCAUUGACACGCCCAGGUUUUGGACACUACGGACCGCUGACCCCCCCCACCCCCGCUUCUCCUUCGCCGUGUACGUUUUGGCUCGGACUUGGUGCUCAAAUUAGCAGCGGCUUCUCUCGUCUCUCACCUCCGUGUUGCGUCUUCUUCGCCGGUUCUGUGGGACGAUGUCCGCGCGCAUCUAAACGGACGGCGGCGGAUCAUGGAUCCCGGUUCUUCCACUUUUCGCUCCCCAACGUAAAACCGCCUUCUCAAUGGACGAGGACAUAGACACCCGCAAGAUCAACAACAGCUUCCUCCGCGACCACAACUAUGCAACUGAAGCUGACAUCAUAUCCACGGUCGAGUUCAACUCCACCGGAGAGCUCCUGGCCACAGGGGACAAAGGAGGUCGAGUGGUGGUGUUCCAGAGAGAGCAGGAAAGUAAAAAUCAGCCACACCGGCGGGGGGAGUACAACGUUUACAGCACCUUUCAGAGCCAUGAGCCUGAGUUUGACUACCUGAAAAGCCUGGAAAUCGAGGAGAAGAUCAACAAGAUCCGCUGGCUGCCUCAACAAAAUGCUGCCUACUUCCUCCUCUCCACCAAUGAUAAAACCGUGAAGCUGUGGAAGAUCAGCGAGAGAGACAAGCGGCCAGAAGGUUAUAACCUGAAGGACGAGGAUGGCAGAAUCCGAGACCCCACCACCAUCACGGCCCUGAGAGUGCCCGUGUUGAGGCCCAUGGACUUGAUGGUGGAGGCUACACCUCGCCGAGUGUUCUCCAAUGCACACACUUAUCACAUCAACUCCAUCUCAGUCAACAGCGACUAUGAGACAUACAUGUCCACAGACGACCUGAGAAUCAACCUAUGGCACCUGGAGAUUACCAACAGAAGCUUCAACAUUGUUGACAUUAAACCAGCCAACAUGGAAGAGCUGACAGAAGUAAUCACUGCAGCAGAGUUUCACCCCAACCAGUGUAACACAUUUGUCUACAGCAGUAGCAAGGGCUCCAUUCGGUUGUGCGACAUGCGAGCAGCUGCACUCUGUGACAACCACUCCAAAUUCUUUGAGGAGCCAGAAGACCCCAGUAAUCGCUCCUUCUUCUCCGAGAUCAUCUCCUCCAUUUCAGAUGUAAAGUUCAGCCACAGUGGUCGUUAUCUGAUGACCCGUGACUACCUCACUGUUAAGGUGUGGGACCUCAACAUGGAGAGCAAACCUCUGGAGACCUAUCAGGUCCACGACUACCUGAGAAGUAAGCUGUGCUCCCUCUACGAGAAUGACUGUAUCUUUGACAAGUUUGAAUGUGUCUGGAAUGGAACAGACAGUGUCCUCAUGACGGGCUCUUACAACAACUUCUUCCGCAUGUUCGAUCGUAACACCAAACGCGACGUAACAUUGGAGGCCUCACGGGAAAACAGCAAACCUCGGGCCAUCCUCAAGCCACGCAAGGUGUGCGUGGGUGGCAAGCGGCGUAAAGACGAGAUCAGUGUGGACAGCUUAGACUUCAGUAAGAAGAUUCUACACACGGCCUGGCAUCCUUCUGAGAAUAUCAUCGCAGUGGCUGCCACAAACAACCUCUACAUAUUCCAGGACAAAGUCAACUAGCAUGUAGCUCUAAAGUCCUUUGUCAUCACAGAGAGAGACACAGGUGUUAAUCCUCAAGGGGAAUUGGCAGAUCUGAAAAGGUUGGACUUACUGGCAGAAUUUUCAAGAAACACCUGGUUGAACAUUUUGGCCUCCAAAGCAGACUGUAACCACUGCACUGAAAUCCUAUGUACUGCGAAUUUCAGGUCGCCAGAAACCGUGAAGAAUGCGACAAUGGCUGCUGCCUACGACUUUUGAUUUUUUUGGAUGUUCUCCCUUGCUGUAGUUUUUGUUUGGUAUGCACAGCAAUAGAAUGAAGAUUGAAGAUACAUUUUGCUGCAAGGUGAGGAUUGGGGGAGGGGGGGGUGUUUUUUUUUUUUUUUUAAAUCAGAACUGAUCAUUAACAGCCCAAGUCCUGUGACCAGUUCAUGUUGAUUGGACUGAGGAUGCUGAUGAUGGAAUGCAUUGAUGUUGCCAGGCUGCUGUGGCCUUGAGGUGUCCAUCAGCUGUACCCUCGUGUUCAACUCAACUUUUAUUUAUUUAUUCCCCUUUUACUUCAUGAAGGUGCAUGCAUCAUUUCAACACCUCAUUGGGUUGGAAGGUGCACUGUGGAAUUGGUUUAAGUUGCAGGAAAAACAAUGUAGCAACGUAUUGCUUUUGUUCUAAUUUUCUAAGGAAAUUCUAAAAAGUGUAAUUAAAAAAAAAAAACAAACAAAAAGGAACCAA